UCCUCCCUCUUUCACUUUCUCUCACCCUGUCCAACUCUCUCCAUCUCUCUCUUCCUCUCUCCUUUACACACACCAGUAUUGUCAACAAAGCUGGAGAACAAGGGACGUGGGGAUCAGGGGAAUAAAGGUUCACAAAGGAGGGGAGGAUCGGGACCCCCGCAUCAGCUCACCUGGACACUAGGAGGACGGGCUGGAGGCUGGGAAGAGGGGGCGCGAGCAGUCAAAGGUGGCACAGAGGGGCAGGCGCACGCAGGACAGGACGCCUUCGCUUCUCUUCAUGGUGGUUUGGACGCGCAUAGUAUGUAUGAGAAGCUAACCAUGCUGAACCUGCAGAGCGGCUCCAACUGGAGCGGGCCCAACAACUGGUACCAUGAUCCCGCUGGCGUUCAGACGCAGCACAGCACAGUGUCCGACGGCUGCCUGCUGGACACGGAGGGCAGCAUGGGGGGAGAGGCGGGCGGAGGGGGCGCGGGCAGAGGAGGGGUCCCCGUGGAGCGGGACGACGGCGAGGAGUCUCAGCUGAGGCUGCAGCUCAAGAGGAAGCUGCAGAGGAACAGGACCAGCUUCACGCAGGAGCAGAUCGAGGCUCUGGAGAAAGAGUUUGAACGGACACAUUACCCAGACGUCUUUGCGAGGGAGCGACUGGCGAACAAGAUCGACCUCCCAGAGGCCAGGAUACAGGUGUGGUUCUCAAACCGGAGAGCGAAGUGGAGGAGGGAGGAGAAGCUGCGCAACCAAAGGAGGUCGGGCGGCGUGACCUCCUGUUCACAGAGCCAGGCCCCCCUGACCACAUCCUUCAACACAUCUGUCUAUCAUCAGCAGCACAGCAGCAGUUCAGGGUCCAUGUUGAAUCAGGCUGAGUCGUCCCUGCCCAGCUACAGCUCCCUGUCAGUCUUCUCAUCGGGGGUCCAGCCUAUUCCGCCCCAGUCGGCCUCCUCCUACUCCUGCAUGCUACCUCCAUCACCCUCUGCCCCGCGCAGCUUUGACUCGUCGGCGUACUCCUCUCCUCACCUGCAGACUCCACCUACGGCCAAUUCCAACACCGGGCUCAUAUCGCCGGGUGUUUCGGUUCCGGUCCAGGUCCCGGGGACCGAGCAGCAGAGCAUGAGUCAAAACCUGGGUCAGUACUGGGCCAGAUUACAGUGAGCACCAGACAAUCCUGCUAACCAGCACAACAUGAGAAGAAGGAGAAAAGGGCAUGUAAAAAAAAAAGGUGUCCAGGAAACCGUACGGCACAGGACUGAGCUUCGGUACAGAGGGGCCUCGAUGAGUAGCAGACCCCAACAUGCAUUAAAUGUUUACAAAUUCAGCCAAGAGCAGCUUUGGUUGCACUUGACGGUACUCUGGUUAUCCUGGGAUUUGCUUAGUGCUGCACUAGAUUGCACUUUUUGGGGUGGAGGCUAAAGAAUUGGUUCGAGGUUGUGUUUAGGUCUAUAUAAAAUUGAUUGAAGAUUUCUUUCCAUUUAAGAAUUAGUGACAAAAUCAAACAUUGUUUUAGACUAAGGAGAUGAGGAGAGACUGAGCAGUACUAAGUAAAUGCCAGCAAAUGUCUGUAUUGUGAAGUGUAACCACAGUUUCUUGUUACUUGAGCAGCUCAGUGAUAUUGUUAUAGCUCGUUCCCUAAGCAUAAGCUGUGUGAGGCUACUGUGAAGAUUUUUUGCUUAUGGCAAUCACUUUUCCUAAAACAUGAAAAAAAAGAAAUAAACCUACCAUAAAAAGUGUAAAUCCUGCCAAUCGUGCCGGAAAACGUUACACUGAGACUGCAUAUUUUUGUACAGACGUCUGUGUAUGAUGGAGAUAGCUGUGGGAUAUUGUCAGAUGUUAUUGGAGGGACGAAUGUAGCAUGCUGUGGACUCAAAUCACACUUUGUUUAUCAGAUAAUUAUUGGUAAUAACUUACUAUUACGGGUAACUGUCAGACACCAGGCUACAUAGAAAAGACUGCGACUGGAGACUCCAAAAAGCUAUUUCAGAUUAUUUUUCAAUUUUAUAACUGAAUUCUUCCUAAGACGGGUAAUUAGAGCCACGUUAGCCUAGUGCUCAUCAAUAUGUACAUGAGUAAUAAAACAUAUCAGCCGGAGACAAUCAAGCGUCAUUACGCAAAGAGGCUGCCUUUAGAUGGAGCGAUGCAAACCCUCGAGACCAUCAAAGCUGGAAGUGGAGGAGAUCCAGAAAAAAACAAAAAAAACUGUCCAUACAAUAACGACUAUAUCAACUGUGCAUGACCAAAAUAAUCCGCUAUAGACAAUCAGCUACUUGCAGAAAUGAAUCAAGUAUUGUACAAAAACUGUUACCGUACUCUGCAGGGUCUCGACCCUCACUCACUUCCCUUGGCUACGGUUUUGUCGAUGCAUCUCAGUUUGAUAUAUUCUAUGAAUCGUCUUUCAGCUACUAUUUAUUUGUCACUUGUUCACAUAAAGUCCUCUGUGUCGUUUCUGUUGCUGUUGUGUGUUGUGUUAGUACUGUAUAGCUACCAAGAGUCAACCCUUUUGUGAAGGCCUUGGAUCCCUUUAAUGAAAAUAAACUUGUGUGGAAAGAAAAUCCCGUCAAAUUAUUAUUAUUGUUGCUGGUGUUGUGUAAUUUUAUUUUUAUUUUUUUAAUUUGUGCUUCUACAUUCUCAAUAAAAGACCAUUUCCUUCUUUACUGGGAAAAGAAGAAGUGGAAACGUUCACAGCUUAGUGCUGAUCCAGCCACCAGUUUAUUCCCAUGAAGAGGAGUAUUAGUGAAUUAAGCAGCAUAGACUCCAUGAAGUCAUUGCGCUGAGCUGCAGACCACUGCUUUAUUUGUAUGCCGUGAGAAAUAGCUGUAACGCACGUAUGUCUUCCUGUUGCUUCACAUUUUGUCCAAUUAUAGCUGCCAAGGUGGGAAAUUAUCACCACAAUAAAUAACA